AUGAACGAGAGUAAUUUACCUCCCUACUGGCAGCUCCCAGCCGUGAUCUGCCUCCUCGGGACCCUGUGCGUAGCCGCUCUGUGGCAUGGCAGGCUCGGUGGUCCGAAAUCACUGCCUCUCCCUCCGCAGCCCAGGGGUAGCUGGAUUCUGGGGAACCUAUCAAAAGUAAUAAACGCAAGUACGGAAAGCCUCCAGCAUCUGCUGAUGCAGGAUUGGUCUCGGGAGCAUGGCGAAGUCUUUCGCGUGCGGCUCGGUCCGGAUAUCAUGGAUCGAUCUUCAGCCGUUUCAUCGGAAAGACCUCGCUGGAUUGUGAGCAAUGAACUCAUUUGUAACGAGCUCAAUGUGCUCCUGCUUCACGCGAGUGAUCCGCGUUGGAAGCAUCAGCGACGGGUUAUCAACUCGUAUUUAACAAGUAUCCCAAGGGCAGAUGCUGGAUUACCAAUACUCCAUUACGAAACAGCCAGGUUUCUUCACGAUAUCACAAACGAACCAGAGGUCGGCCAGGACAGUGGUCGGAUAUUAAACUUGCUCGCUCGAUACACGUAUAGCGCAUUCGCAACGCAGGCCUUUGGCAUGGACAUACCUCGGGCGGAUGAUCCUGUUAUUGACUACAUACACGAGACAGGCCUAGCACAGAUUCUAGGUACCAUCCCCGGAAGACACAUGGUCGAUAUAUUUGCCUGGAUGAACUAUCUACCUCUCUGGCUCAAGCCUUGGGAGCGAGAUGCCCGAAAACGGUUCAAGCGAGACUUGGAAUGGUGCAUGGCGCGGCUACAGAGAAUGAAAGACCCCAAAUUUGCUGGGAAAUUCAUGGCUGACGCCUUCCUUCCCUCUGUUCUGCGAGCGCCCGAUCAGGCCGGCUUCACGACCCAGGAAGAGGCAGCUUAUUUGUCGCUUCAACUCAUCAUUGGUGCUGCAGACACUAGCCAGAUCUCGACUUGGUCAUUCCUCGAAGCAAUGCUACAAUAUCCGGACGUCCAGCAGAAGGCGCGAGCGCAAAUUGAGGCAGUGGUUGGCGAUCGCCUCCCCGAAUUUGCCGAUCUAGAGCGUAUUCCGUAUAUUCGGUGCGUUAUGAAAGAGGUUUGGCGAUGGCGACCCCCUGUUUCCCUUGGCCAUCCGCAUGUCAGCACAAAGGACAUAACCUACAACCAACAACGGAUUCCCAAGGGCGCCCGUCUUCAUCUUAAUGCAUGGGCUAUCUCCCACGAUCCAAGGAGGCAUGAAGACCCGGAUCGUUUCUGGCCUGAGAGAUAUGCUAAUGACCAUACGACUACAAUGCAGAGUAUUAACUCCCCCGACGUGACCAAACGCGACCACUUUGCAUUCGGUGCGGGACGGCGCAUCUGCCCUGGCUACCACGUCGCCGAGCGAUCGCUCGCCAUUGCAAUUAUGAGGAUCCUUUGGGCCUUCCAGAUCCAGUGGGCUCCGGGGAGAAAGCUUCCGGUCGAUCCGUUGACGUACAUGCGUCGCUCCGAAAUGCCCGGCAACGCCUCGUCGAGACUCCCUGUCACACUGCAAGUCCUGAGCCCUGAAAAGGCAAAGAUAAUUCACCAGACCUUUGCUGCCCUGCAACAGGAACGCUUACCCAUAGCUAGUCUGUCUUAA